UAUUAAUUGUUUUUUCCUUCAGAUGGCGAGCUCCAACAUCCGGUACGGAGAGGGAGUCAGCAGAGAGAUCGGCAUGGACGUGAGGAACCUGGGGGCCCGUAAUGUGUGUGUGAUGACGGACAGCAACUUGUCCCGCCUCCCUCCAGUGAAAGCAGUGCUGGAGUCCCUGUCUCACAACGGGGUGCGCUUCAGGGUCUAUGACAGCGUGAGGGUGGAGCCGACUGACACCAGUUUUAAAGAGGCCAUUUCCUUUGCUAAGAGCGACUGCUUCGAUGUGUACGUGGCGGUGGGGGGGGGCUCUGUGAUUGACACCUGUAAAGCAGCUAAUCUCUAUGCCUGUCACCCCGACGCUGACUUCCUGGACUUUGUGAACGCUCCAAUCGGAAAGGGCCGCCCGGUGACCGGAGCGCUGAAGCCCCUCAUCGCAGUUCCCACGACGGCCGGCACCGGCAGCGAGACCACCGGCGUCGCCAUCUUCGACUACGAGCCUCUGAAGGCCAAGACAGGUAUUGCCAGCAGAGCUCUAAGACCGACGCUGGGCAUCGUGGAUCCACUGCACACUCUCAGCAUGCCGGAGAGAGUCGCUGCUAACAGUGGCUUCGAUGUGCUCUGUCACGCUCUGGAGUCCUACACGGCGCUGCCGUACCACCAGAGGAGCCCGUGCCCCCCCGACCCGCUGCUCCGCCCGGCCUAUCAGGGCUCCAACCCCAUCAGCGACGUGUGGUCGCGCCACGCCCUGCGCGUCGUCGCUCAGUUCAUGAAGCGCGCGGUGCGGGACCCUGAGGAUCUGGAGGCGCGGUCCAGCAUGCAUCUGGCCAGCGUGUUCGCCGGCAUCGGCUUCGGGAACGCCGGAGUUCAUCUGUGUCACGGGAUGUCCUAUCCGAUCGCUGGGAACGUGAAGACACACACAGCUAAAGGCUACAGCGUGGAGCACGCCCUGGUGCCUCACGGUCUCUCGGUGGUUCUCACGGCUCCGGCUGUCUUCAACUUCACGGCCCCGAUGUGUCCGGAGCGACACCUGGAGGCAGCAGAGAUCCUCGGUGCUCACUCUCUCACCUGCUCACUCUCUCACUUGUUCACUCUCUCACCUGCUCACUCUCUCACCUGCUCACUCUCUCGCCU